UAGUAAUAAAACAUAUUCUCCGUGACUCAUGCAUCUUUUUAAAGAUUUGCAGUCUUUGUAAGAAAACAUAAAAACUAAAAAAAGAAAAAUGAGGUGGGGCAGAAUAUCAAAAUCCUUACAAUCUUUCACUGCUCAUACUCUACUAUUCUGCUUCACAAUUUUGCUCUUUCUUAAAUUGGAUCAUCAUCUCUUCUCUUCUUGGUGGAGUAUUUUCUUCCCGCUUUUUCUAUUUCAUUUAGUUGUAGCCCGUGGAAGAUUCACAUUACCUGCACCAUCAGCUACCCGUGAACAUCAUUGGGUACCAUGUCAUGCAAUUGCUGGCAUGCCUUUGCUUGUUGCCUUUGAGCUGCUUCUUUGUGUCUUUCUGGAGAGCAUCUAUGUUAUGAGAGUUCCUGCUGUAGACUUGAAGAUCGUCUUUCUGCCUUUAUUGGUAUUUGAAAUAACAAUUCUUGUUGAUAAUGUCAGAAUGUGCAAGGCUUUACUACCAGGAGAUGAAGAAAAUUUGAGUGAUGAUGCAAUAUGGGAGACACUUCCACACUUCUGGGUUUGUAUAUCCAUGAUCUUUUUCAUUGCUGCUACCUUGUUCACCCUUUUGAAGCUAUGUGCAGGUGGUGUUGGUGAUAUUGGUGCUUUAGGAUGGUGGGACCUGUUCAUAAACUUUGGAAUUGCAGAGUGCUUUGCAUUUCUUGUUUGCACAAAGUGGUCUAAUCCAGCGAUUCACGAAAACUUCCAAGCACGUGAAGGCAGUUCAUCAACAGUUAUUCGAUAUCUUGAUUGGAAUAACGGCCUAGUAGCUGCCUCAGAUGAUACCUCUGUGGAUAGGAUGUGUGGAUUGCAAGACAUUGGUGGUCACAUAACAAAAGCUCUUGUUAUUGCAUUUCAAAUCCUGCUUUGUAUCCACUUAGAGGAAAAUCCUGCUGCUGCUAGUAAUAUCCCGCUUUCCAUUGUCUUCUCUCCUUUACUUCUACUGCAAGGAGCAGUAGUACUUUUUACUGGAUCUAAAUUGGUGGAAAAUAUCUUAUGUUUACAUAAUGGGGCCUACACAGGAAGAUAUCUUGUGUUUUCUGCUAGAGCUCGUGACUUCUUUGGGUUUUUGUCCCAUGGCUCUAGGUUGCUUGAUUGGUCAUCCAUUGAUGAAGAAAGUCGAGAAGAACAGGCACGACUUUACCAUGAUGGAGCUGUGGGUUAUAACACUUUCUGUGGAUCUUCACCUGAAGUAGUAAAGAAAAUGCCGAGAAAGGAUCUUGCUCAAGAGGUGUGGAGACUUCAGGCUGCUCUUGGUGAGCAAAUGGAAACCACAAAAUUCAGCCUACAAGAGUUUGAAAGACUCCAAAAUGAAAAAAUUCUUUGCCGGGUUUGCUUUGAAAGACAAUUAAACAUAGUACUCCUUCCCUGUCGGCAUCGGAUUCUUUGCAGCACGUGUUCUGUAAAGUGUAAAAAGUGCCCUAUAUGCCGCGUUAUUAUUGAAGAGAGGUUACCUGUAUAUGAUGUAUAGCCUUGGUUAUCCAAAUGAUCGGAAACCUUAGACACAGUAGUUGAAGAUGCAAAGAUUUUGCAGAUUCAUGAUAAUUGUUUCUUGCUUUUUUGCCAAGUUUUUGUGAGCAAAAUGCAAGUAUACAUAUACAAAUAAUUGACUAGAAUAGUAAAAAAGUUCUCACAUUUUUAAAAAAACAAUGGCUUAUAUUAA